AUGUCUUCCUCCAUGGACACAUCCAUCUUCGACCGAUACGCUUCGGUCUAUUUCGCCUGGGCUAAGCCCAAGGCACCCAAACAACAUCCAGCUGAGUGGCACCAUCCCUAUCUUCCAUCCUUUGAUUACCCUAACGUUGCAGCAAAUCUUUGCGGGUCAUCAAUCCUCCCAGUAGGAUUCAGACCCUUGUGGCUUUACGGGGGCAUGAAGACAGAGCUGGCGGGAUGGCUCUGUGAGGUGGACUAA